UCCACUUUCGUUUUAAGUUAAAAAAAAUGAUUGUCUAUUAAUCAGUUUUAAGGGAGAGUUGGAAUAACGUUCAAACCACGAUGUCAGACCGGUACUAUCGCUUGGUGACUCUGCUCAUUGACAUCAGUCUCCCAGCUCUAAGGGAUCUGUUCGAGCAUUUCGCUCAGAAUGAUCCGAAUAUUACAUUCACCACACUAGAGGGAUACAUGAACCGCCGUAGGAAAGCAGUCGAUGCAUUACUCAGAUCAAGAGUACUUUGUAAAGAUCAAUUUAAUAAUGUAUUUCCAACAUCAGUAAAGUUUGACGAAACAAAAUGGGACAUCUCCUUAUUGUCAUCACUUCUCCUAAGCAUGUUCAGACAAACAACAACUCCUGUGAAAAAUGAAAUACAGCUGAUAAGAGAUAUGCGAAAUAAAUUAGCACACAGGUCUGACACAAACAUGAUGGAAACAGAAUACAACACAAUGUGGGCAGAUGCUGUUGGCUUGACCGUGAAAGUUAUAACUCAUUUCAAGGGUCCUCUUGUCAUACAGAAAGUGGUAAAGGAUAUCACAAGUCUCGAAACUCGCACACUAGACCCUUCAAAAACACUUGAAAUCAUAAACACUUGGUAUCUGAGUGUCGUCUUAGAGAAUGCUGCAGAAAUGAAGCAGAAAUUAGAGGAAGUUGGAAUAAAUACCUCAUUUACUUCUAAUGUAUUACAGAAAGCUACAGUCAAAAGGAAAAGCAGAUCUGGUAAACCGUCGAAAAGGAUGAAAAGUUUGAGUACAUGCUUAGAAGGAUUUAAAGGUGAUUUCAAAAGAGCUAUGUCGCGGUGUAUGAAAGGAGAUUUUAGUCCGCCCGAACAAGUUGUAACAAUUCGACAAAAGCUAGAAGAUGAUCACCUUGCUAUUGUGAUCGGAUAUGGAGGGAGCGCUUAUCUUUCAACUGUGUUGCAUGCAAUCAAAGAAACUGAGUAUGAACCAAAUCGAUGUGCAUUGCUAACAGACCCUUCCGACUGGAUUCAUGUCGACCCGGAUGAUUUGCAGCUAAUUGUUUUCAAAGAUCCAUUUGGAAGCGUUGUAUUUGAUCAAAACAAAGCUACAGCUAUGUUCAACAAACUAGAGGAUAUACAAAACUCAUGUGAGGACUCUAAGCUGGAUCUUAUUAUUGCUUCUAAAGGAGAAAUCCUAAACGAGGCAAUGCGAGUGUUAGAGCAAACACCCGAUGUCUUUGAUGACAAGAUAGUAGUUUACAAAGGAACUAGUGCACCAACGCCCUCAUGUCUGAUAGAGCAAAUGACAUUAAUGAAAGAGAAAAAUGACCCCCCUGUAUAUUCAAGAAAUGUUUCCCAGAUGAGCAAAUGUUACGUAGAAGAUCUUCAGAAGACAACACUUAAGACAAGUGAUACAAAUUAUAGAACGAUUCAGUCGAAACUCAACGAUAACCACUGUGUAGUUUUGUCGGCUACAGAUAAUGAGGGCCUUUCAAAAUGCAUUGCCUACUUGACAGAGGCAUUCCCAAGCUUUCUGACUGUGUCCCACAGAGACGAUAUCAUGCAUGCAAAACUGGGCAGCACAGGCGUAGUUGUGGUAAUUGACAUGGCGGGGAAAUAUGUGUUCGACAAGUUGAAAGCAAACCAAUGGUUGGAGACCUUCGACUUUAUGAAGCCAAUGGUGAAUGCAUUGGAUUUUUCAAAACGUGUUGGAAAUGAUUCCAUCAGGAGGUAUUGUAGAUGUUGACGUCCAGAACAUUAUCAAAACCGAACUCGGUAGACCGUCCAGCGUCAGCAUCCAGACCGACCCAAAACUGAUACACGUGGCGGACAUGAAACUGCAACUAAACAAGAACGAGCACGAGGAGAGAAUAACAAGCGGAAUGACUAUAGUGGAGGACAGAUAACUAGUGACCGCGGACAAGCG